AGAAUGCAUAGUAUUUACAUCACCCAGCCCAUGUCCCCGACGCUGAUAAUGUUGCGAAGGCAUUCAUCUCCGCAGAGGGCCCGAUGCGAUAUCCGAUUGUCCACUGACCUAGGCCCCCAAUAACCCGAGAUCACGCAUCCAUGAGUUGACGAAGUUCUUAUUCUGAGGACUGCUACACAUCGUUUGCGUUAUCAUUAUAUGACGAGAUGCCAUCAUUUCCAAUCGCAACCGCAGCGGACUGCCCGUUCCCGAUAGAGAACAUUCCGUUCGGUGUAUUCAGUACUGACGGCGAGAGCCCCAGAGCGGCCACGAUUGUUGGCAGCCACAUUCUCGAUCUCGCGUUUCUCGAAGCACAAGGACUUUUUAAAGCUGUCUUGAAGACGACAACGGCAGUAUUUGCACAGCCGACCUUAAACGCUUUCGCGCGCCAACCUCAAGACAAGCGAGCAGCGGUUAGGCAAGUUGUGAUCGAUCUUCUUUCAAAUGGCGCCUCUCCCUUGUUCGCCAACAGUCAGAUCAAUGCCGCCGCCUUCCAUGAUAGCGAUAAAGUGCAUCUACACCUUCCAAUGGAUAUCCCUGAAUUCACCGAUUUCAGUUGCUUUGAGGAGCAUGUAGGAAAUGCUUGCAAGAUGUCCGGUAUGCCGAUGCUCAAGAACUUCUAUCAUAGUCCGAUUGCGUACAAUGGCCGUGUGUCGUCCAUGGUGCCAAGUGGCACCAGUAUUCAUCGGCCCAAGGGCAUGUACAAGGAUGAGAGUGGGCAACCAAAGCUUUUGCCGUCGAUGCAGCUGGACUAUGAGCUUGAGCUAGGCAUUUUGAUCUCUAACCCUGUUCCAUACGGGCAGACCAUCACGGCGGAUCAGGCUCACAACCAUAUAUUCGGAUAUUCUAUCAUCAACGAUUGGUCCGCACGGGAUAUACAGAGCUACGAGAGCAUUCCGGCAGGUCCCUUCAAUUCUAAAUCGUUCGCGACCAGCAUGGCACCAUGGGUCAUCGUCCCCGAGGCUCUGCAAUGGGCGAAGGCAGCGCCUUUGAAUCAGAAGGACGGAGAGGUGCAGCCGCAUCUUCGACAUGAAAGCCUCGCAGAUACCAUCUACGAUAUCGAUUUUAAUGCAUAUCUGGGCAGAGCCGGAGCUGCGCCGCAGAAGGUUUCGACCACAAACCUCAAGCAUAGCUAUUUCAGUCUGGGCCAAAUGCUGUGCCAUCGUGCCAGCUCCGGCUGUGGCCUGAGGACGGCAGAGCUUGUCGCUACGGGCACAAUUUCAUCCCCAGAAAACGAAUGGAUAGACAAGUCUGUGGGACACAAUGCGAGUCUUUGGGAGCUCUCAUGGAACGGGAGCAAGGAAGUACCUGUGGUCGGGGGCCAAUUCAUCGGAGACAACGACACUGUAGUGUUUGACGGGUGGGCUACGGGCAAGAAUGGAAAGCGUAUUGGCUUCGGGUCGCUUGAGACGAAAGUUCUGCCAGCAGUCUAAGGAGAAUGAUGGACCAAGACGACGUAGCAACUAUCACCUCAUAGUUUCCUUGUGGAUCUAUUGUGACAUAGCAACUUGACUAC